AUGAUCAAGACCCCAAUUGUACCGAUGGACAACGUGGGCUUGUUCGAAAGGGUCAUCGUCCCAAAAAGAAGAGAACGAGCAAAAAAACUUUUUGGAGAUGAAUUCAUUGGAGAGGUGCUUCGAACGCAGACUACUGUUGAUGUAGAGUGGAUGGAUGGAACAAUUUCUUACGAUUUGCCUGGAAACAUGCUUGUGCCGUCUGAGCAAAAUGUGAUCAAUAUUCAAGUUGUCUUAGAAAGGUGCGCCCUAGUUCGAUGGUUGCAAAUUGCCGACGAUGGAGUUCCCGCUGAUAAAGGAGAAGAACAAUGCACGCUAUUUGAGAUCAUGCCGCAUCCUUUGUAUCAGAGAAUGAUGAUUGGAGCAAUUGGUGUAGAAAUCGGAAAAGAAGCUCAGAAAUUGAGCGACGUCGUCUUCCAAGUGAAAUCAAAUUUGAAAAAUGGACAAUCUGAGGUCGAGUAUUACAAUGGAACACGGGCUACCCUAUGGCCAACUGAAAUGACUCUUCUUUUCGUUCCUGAAGAUGAUCACGCGACUCAAAGUUCCGACGAAGAAACCGAUGGCGACGAAUCAUGGAAUAAUUGGUCAAUAUGGAGGCGAACCCUCAAGCAAGACAAAUUGAACAAUACAUUGUUGGCACGGGAAGCAGUUUUGUCAAAAUCAACAACCUGUGACCUCAGCCCAGGAAUUCUU